CUUUCGUUUAACGUACACUUUGUACCUAUUGGUUCUAGGUUAGUAAAAUAACAAAUUGUACACAGGAUGCACACUCUGAAUCCAACCAUGCCGAUGCUGAGGUGCUUGAGCGCACUUGUGCUUAUCGGUUGCUAUGCCAACGGACAAUCCAACAACGUGAUCGCCAACGACGACUGUACCAUCCACUUCGACGUGUGGGUGGGCGAGGGUUGCUAUGACGACGGCGACGACUUCUACCCCAGUCUCACACUAGACAUCCCAGUUGAUGACUCGUGCAGAGGCACACACCCAUGGGUCACCACAUACGGCGAUGAGAUAGUCGACGAUGUGCACAUGCACGCUAUCCUGGAUAUGUUGGAUGAGUUCUUAGACGCUCUGUGUGAAGACCCUCUGGCUGCAUCGGUGUUCAUUGAUUACGAGGACAAUGCGUGUGUGCAGCUGCCGACGGUGUUUGGAGAUAUCUACAUGGUAGGUAACACCUGCGCUGUGGGGAAAAGCCAGGUGGUCACAGGCACACAGCACAUAACGUACGAAGAAGCCGAUGAGAACGCAGACGAUCAGCUACACGACAGUGUUCCUAAUGGGAAUGCGGAGAUAGACAUGAGUGGUGACAGUGUUGUAGACGGAAAUGGCCCAGAGACCAGUACUGAUAGUAGCAGCAGUAGUGAUGCAGACAGUGCGAGUGAUAAUCGGCCUGUUGACGAUGGAGAUAACAGCCAACUGACAGAAGAUCAGCUCGAUGAGAUACGGAACAUCCUCACGGGGGGUGUCAAGGGCAGCAAUGUGAACACCAACGCCCCUUACAUCGUACACACCAGCGGCAACCACGGUGUGUUGGAGGGCAAGUGAUGAGAAGGGAAACACCGAGAUUAAUUGUACAGAGAUGAGUGCUACUCAUGCUUACACGACAGCCUACCCGAUGUUUGCAAUGGGCAGUAUCUGGAAGGGUGACUAGCCGGGUUCAAGAGAAGCUUCUAUGUCCCCAUGAGCGUGUGCUGGAGUGUCUUCAAAACGUUCGCCGAGGAUGUGAAACGCUGCUUGGUAUAUCCUAUGUAUGCGAUGUUACAUGCAAGUACAUUCAAGUAUGAACACUGGUAUGCCUGGCUUGAUGCUGCCGAUGUAGCGGAUAAGCUUAGUGGUUAUAAGUUAACUGAUACCUACUUGACAAUGACCUGACGUUAGGAUUAGAUGCGCAGACGCUUACAAGAGUCAACGCAUUGGUCACACUAAAGUGUGCCGACUUACUACUAAACAAUCUGUGCAAAGUACACAGACAGAAACACUCCUUAUUGUGUGUGCCACUAUUCGCAAUUUUAUCGAUCAAUAAAUACACACACACGUAU